CGGUCUAGCCCCCGAGCAGAGCGCGGUAUCUGACACUACUCCCGGCUCCGGUCUAGCUCCCGAGCAGAGCACGGUAUCUGAUACCACUUCUGACUCCGGUCUAGCUCCCGAGCAGAGCGCGGUAUCUGACACCACUCCCGACUCCAUUCCAGCUCCUGAGUCUGCUCCUUCACCUGCUCCUAGGUUCAAAUGCGAGCUCGGCUGUUCUCGCGAUUAUAAGUCGAAGAGAAAUCGUACCGUUGUACGUUCUUGUGUUUUGAAAUUAAUCAGACGGUGGCUGAUUAAAUUUUGAAUAGCACUACCGCGAUUAUCAUGGAUGUCGACCGCAGUCCAAUGCCGUAGCGUGAGUGUUUCUCAUUCCCUAAGCUCACUCAUAUGCUAAAAUAUUGUAUCAAAAGCGCAUUGUCAAUCAGCGAACGAGCCAACUCACAACGUUCGUGGAUUUCCAAAGUGUCGGCAGGCUAUAGGUGCCUACAUAGCACUUGCAUUUCGACUACGAAGAUCUUUGGGGGCAACCGCCAGAUUGAAGUCCACAUCCAAAGGCACCAUCUUCCGAAACAAUUUAUCUGCCAUACUUGUGGAGGUCAAUAUGGUGAAAUCGACCUAAAAUACCAUCGAAGGGUUUGGGGGGGACGAACGGUCCAAUGCAGCAGUACGAACUGAUACCCAGAAUCCCGGCUUAAACCGCACGUUGCCAAGGUCAUCUACUCGGCUUUUGCCACACAAAGGUCAAAUUGUAUAUUAGCUAGCACUCACGAAGCAAAACUUGAGAUAACUUAGCUACGUAAUUUACAGUAGUCUCUGAUAA